CACGUACACCUCAUAAUAAUAACGUCAGUGUAAAGGAGCUGCUUGGGUUGAUCGAUGGAGCAGAAGCUGGCAGAGUUCAGAGCCAGACGACAGGCUGAAAAUACUGUGAAAAAGGAUAAGAGUGCUGGUCCACAGUGCAGUGCAGCGGACACAGCUGAUCAGACAGAAACAACACCAACAACUGACAGUCAACAGACAGAAGACAUCAGAGCUUUAAGUCAGAGCUCUCCAAGGAAGGACAGUAGUGAUUGGCUGCUGGACAACGCUCUGGGAAGAUGGCUGUCUUCGAGACAACUUGUCUUCUCAAACCUUACUUUGCUUAAAGUGCUGCUGUGGCUGGUGCUGCUCGGUCUGUUUGCUGAACUGGAGUUUGGCCUGCCUUUCUUCGUCAUCUCCCUCUUCUACUGGCUCUAUGAGGGACUCCGUAGCCCAGCUGACCGCGAGCCCGGAGAACUGAGCGCUUAUUCUGUCUUUAAUCCAGACUGUCAGCCUCUGCUGGGCUCUCUCACUGCAGAGCAGCUGGAGGGAGAGAUGGGUUACAGACCUCUGGCCAACAUAUGAAGCGCUUGUGAUUUGCACAUUUGUAUUAAAUAUUCAGAUAUUUUUGGUCUAUCAAAAAUGUUAACGUUAUUCAAGAAAAUACAGGGACUUACACAGUAGUAAUUUCAAUGUAUUAUUUCACACAUUAAAUUGAGAUUGGUCUACUUACAGUUGCA